AACCAAGCCAAGGUCAUGAAGAUGGGAUCCACAUCCAAUGCCAUUUUCCACUCUCUCCAAUAAUGUCGCCCCGGCUGUGCUUCUUAACUUUACCAAAUUAAUUCCCCAUUUCCGCCCUUUGCUUCUUCUUCUUCUUCUUCCCACCACUUCAAAAAAUGUCUGUUUUUUGUCUCUUCCUCUGUCUUCUGUUUGGUGGCGCAGCCCUUGUCGCCGCCUCGGGCGUCGGCGACUCCAGGGAGCUCGACAGCACACCCACAUGGGCAGUUGCUGGUGUUAGUUUCUUUUUCAUUGUUAUUUCCAUUGUCUUGGAGAAAGUUCUUCACAAACUUGGAACGUGGUUGGCAGAUAAGCAUAAGAGUGCUCUGUAUGAAGCUCUGGAGAAGGUUAAGGCUGAGUUGAUGAUUUUGGGUUUCAUUUCUCUGCUUCUGACUUUUGCACAAAAGUAUAUAGUCCAAAUCUGCAUUCCUCCGGCCGUUGCAAACACUAUGUUGCCUUGUCCCCUUGAAGAGAAAGAUGCCCCAUCAUCUUUAGCCGGCGAAGAGGAGCAUCACCGACGACUUCAACGGCUAAACCGCAGAUCGUUGGCCGGAGGCCAUGACGUCGUCUCGUGCAAGGAUGGUAAAGUGUCUCUUAUAUCUGUUGAUGGAUUGCAUCAGUUACACAUUCUCAUAUUCUUCUUAGCGGUGUUUCAUGUGCUCUUUUGUGUUACCACAAUGACACUUGGGAGGAUAAAGGCUCGAGGCUGGAAGGAGUGGGAGCAGGAAACUUCAACCCAUAACUAUGAGUUUUUCAAUGAUCCUGCAAGAUUUCGGCUUACCCAUGAAACAUCUUUUGUAAAAGCACACACCAGCUUCUGGACACGCCUUCCUUUCUUCUUCUAUAUUGCCUGCUUCUUCAGACAAUUUUAUGGAUCUGUUAGUAAGGCUGAUUACUUAACACUUCGCAACGGAUUUAUAACGGUUCAUUUAGGACCAGGAAGUAAAUUUAACUUCCGAAGAUACAUUAAGAGAUCAUUAGAAGACGACUUCAAGGUAGUCGUGGGAGUGAGUCCUGUUCUGUGGUUGUCAUUUGUGAUCUUCCUGCUCCUUAACGUAGCUGGAUGGCGAACGUUGUUCUGGGCGUCGUUUACGCCUCUGAUUAUCAUCUUAGCUGUUGGAUCCAAACUUCAAGCCAUUUUGACUAGGAUGGCUCUUGAAAUUUCUGAGAGACACGCAGUGGUCCAGGGAAUUCCUCUCGUGCAAGGAUCCGACAAAUAUUUUUGGUUCGGUCGACCUCAACUAAUUCUUCAUCUCAUGCAUUUUGCUCUAUUUCAGAGUGCAUUCCAGACUACCUUUAUCUUGUCUACAAUGCAUUCUUUUGGGCCAAAAUCUUGUUUCUCCGACGGCGUCUUCCUUACCAGUUUGAAAGUUGUUUUAGGGUUUGCAGCUCUGUUUUUAUGUAGCUACGUUACGCUUCCGAUAUAUGCCCUUGUAACUCAGAUGGGUUCGGGCAUGAAGAAGUCGGUCUUUGACGAACAAACAUCAAAGGCGCUCAAGAGAUGGCGUGAUACAGUCAAGAAGAAGCGUGUCCAACGAGCCUCAGCAACUCAA